GUACCUUACAUUCUCUUCCUCGAGCCAUCCGGCGACAUCUUUCACUUCUUUCUUUGUUCGUCUUUUCCCAGGACCUAAGACACAGGUCGAUACACAAUCCUAUUGUUCUGCCACAGGACCCUUUAAAACGCUCUAGAGGCUAAGAACACGUCUCUGGUACUUUUCCUUCUCAGAAGAACCCCUCCUACUGCUUCGUCUCGCGGGCGAGAUAAGACGAGAACCACCGUCUGUAGUCGGAUCAGAUUGACCCCAAACCACAUUCCCACAAUAGCACGUACUUCUCUCUCAAGAUGAGGAUUUCGCAUUUCACUGCUCUGUCGCUGCUGGCGACCAUCCAAACAGCUACCGCUCACUCCUGGGUUGAGCAGGUCCACAAGAUCGGCCAGAAUGGUGCCUUCGUCGGAGAUAUGGGCUACCCUCUCGGAUACGUCGACCGAGCACAGCCCGACGUCGACAACAACGCCCAGAACAAGAUCUUGGACACCAAGUCGAACCCGGCCAUCUGCAAGCCCAAAGCGAACGCCUAUGCCUCUGUCAAGCGACUCUCCGCUUCCGCUGGCGACGCCGUCGCCCUGGUCUACCAGGAGAAUGGACACGUGACCCAGCCUCUGCUCACACCUCGACCCUACCGUUCGGGUCUCGUGUCCGUCUACGGCACCCUGCAGCACGAGGACUCGGACGGCAUCAACGACGUGCGCAACGCUUGGACGGCUGACGGCAAGGGCGGAAAUGGCAAGGGAAAGCUGCUCGCGGCCCACUUCUACGACGACGGCCAGUGCUACCAGAACGCUGGCGCCGCCAACAUCCCCGUCUACAAGCAACGGUCCGCGCAGCACGGCCUCUCCGAGCUCUACUGCCAGACCGACUUCCAGCUCCCCGCCGACCUUCCCUCCUCGGGAAUCUACACCGUCAUGUGGGUCUGGGACUGGCCGCUGAUCCACCCCGACGGCACCAACACCACCGAGAUCUACACGUCGUGCGCCGAGAUCGAGCUCGGCUCCGCUAAGGCCGGAGGCAAGAACUCCGCUGGCGCCAAGAUCCAAUUCUCGUCCAACAACCCCAUCGACAAGGCGGGCAUCGCCUCGCAGCUCGACACGCCCAUCGAGGCGACCGCCCUGUUGGGUACGGCGGCGCCCAGCUCGCCGGCUGCCCAGAACCCGGCGACCUCAGCUUCGGCUGUGCCAGUUACUUCUUCUCUCGCGUCUUCCGCCGUUUCUUCAGCCGUCUCUUCUUCCGCUGUCGCCAGUAGCCCUACGACUAAGGAGCGGGGCUCCGGCGGGGUCAAGACCGUUACGGUUACGGCGAACCCCGUCACCGCGACGCAGUGGAAGACGGUGACGGUAGGGGGCGGCGAUGCGAGCGCCAGCGCCAGCGCCAGACCCUCGUCCGCCGCGCCGACCGUCAGCGCGCCGGCCCUCUCCGUCACCCGGUUCAUGAGGGCGCGCGCGACGGGACACGAGCGACGAGACGCCGAUUAUGCGUCCUCCUAAGGAGGAUUGUCGUGUUGAGUGGGGGGACUGCGUCCCCGCCAUUCGU